AUGACUGUUUUUAGCAAAGUUCUCUAUGGCUCGUUGCAUGUGAAAGCUUAUGAUUGGGUCGAGCCUCCCAGGAAAGCAAGGAACCAAAUUACUUUCCAGAGAGGUCGUAAGACUGCCCUUAUGAAUUGGUCCAUGUUCUAUGCUCAUGAUUUUCAUAUUUUGAGGAGAAGAUGCAGGCAGAAAAUGACCUACUACCGCAAUUACCUGUAUACUGCCUUUGGUAAGUAA